CUGAUCUCCGCCGUCAUAGUUUCAGGUUGACGUGAAAGACAAACAUUAGCGAAUGAAUUUUUCAUUCAGUAAUAAAUAGCAAAAUGCUAUAAAAAUGCUUUGAUACACAUUUCAUUACGUAUAAUUUGUAACUUUCGUGCCUAUAUUUUUGAGAUUACUUACUGAUCUGCGAGCGAGUGUAUUUUCCAGUUCAAAAUGAGUUUAGUGGGGAAAAAGUGUGAAUCAAUAUCGAUGUUGGAAACCAAUAAAGACGACGUAAUAGUCAGUGAAAUAACUCCUGAGGAUGUUCUGAGACUAGACAGGAUUACGGAUACUUAUAUGUGUAGUCCAGAAGCUAAUGUAUACGAUAUAGAUUUUACGAGAUUCAAGAUACGUGAUUUGGAGAGCGGAACUGUGUUGUUUGAGAUCGCCAAGCCUCCGACGGAUUUCGGAGUGGAUAGUGAGGGCACUGAGGAUGCCCCCGAAGAGCCCCUGGACCCUAACGCGGGAAGAUUCGUCCGCUACCAAUUCACGCCUCAAUUUUUGAAACUUAAGACUGUAGGAGCUACUGUGGAGUUUACAGUUGGAGCUCGUCCUGUGAACCAUUUCAGGAUGAUAGAGAAACACUUUUUCAGAGACACCCUACUGAAGACAUUUGAUUUUGAAUUUGGUUUCUGUAUACCAUUCUCUCGAAACACAUGUGAACACAUAUAUGAGUUCCCUACACUGCCUCCUGAUCUAGUUGACGAAAUGAUUGCUGCACCUUUUGAGACCUGUUCCGACAGUUUUUACUUCGUAGACAACCGUCUAGUGAUGCAUAACAAAGCGGAUUAUGCUUACAACGGAGGCAUCAACAACUAAUCACAUUUACACCCAAUUUGGCACCAUGCAUUGUUUUCGUGUUUCAAAUUUAAAUUUUAUAACACUGUUUGACACAAGAAAAUGUUUUUUCAAAGAUUUUAGUAGAUAUGUGUUUUUAAAAGUCUGUUGUUGAUAGAAUUUGUAACUAGAGGUGGGACAGUGUGUUGUACACAACAACUAUUGAUCUCGUAGAAUUAUUUAUCUGUGUGGAAUGAAACUUAAUGUUAGAAUACACACUGUCAAUGUGUUGGCAAGGUUCGGAGUGCAAAGAUUAAGUAGUAAAUGGAAGUUACAUCACAUAUUGUGUGGCAACUGGAGGGCUGAUUGCUGAAGACGGAUUAAAGGAAAUUGUGCUAUUUUUCUUUUUUGCAAGUGAAGAGUUGGCUGAUAGUCUAUUGGCAAUUACCAAAGAAACAUUUGAAACCACAAAGUAUGGUAUGCAUAGCCCAGAAUCAAGUAUCAAGGGCGACAGGUUAUUGAGGGGCGCCGUGACGCCGUAAGACGCGUGUGCCCAAAGAGGCGCCAAAAAAAUUACAGGUACCUACGAGGUGCUUGGCUAGGGCGCUCUCUAGGAUUAAUCCAGCUCUAACAUUGCCAUACAAUGAGGCUGUCUAAGCAAAUAUUUCUCUAGUCACCAUCAGCCCUCCAUGUGUUCACUAAUCUGUGUGUUUAGAAAAUGAAUGUUGCCCAUCACUCGUUAAUUGAAUAAUAUUUGUGAUCUUAUUGAUUGUGAUUUUUACACCUACUUUAUAAAUGUAAUUGACAUAAAUUUAAUGUGUACUGAAUUUUAAAAUAAGGGUGUGUUUUGUUUAAUUAAUUAUUUCGAAGGUGCAACAUCUUGUCGAAGGCAAGUUUGAACAUUAUUUUGAUCUCGUUAUUUAAAUAUUUUUAGGUUAUAGUUUUAAUAUUGUUUUUAGUAGUAAUGAACUUGUUUUCAGAAGUUUCAUACCGAUAUUUGUCUAAGCAGG